CACACACAGUCAGUCUGUUGAAGUCAAAAUGCUCGGGAGCGAUGUACUGUUGUGCUUCAUCUUCUACAGCACGCUCUUAAUCUUAAAGAUGUACAUCAUUGCUAUUAUUACGGGCCAAGUGAGACUUCGGAAAAAGGCGUUUGCUAAUCCCGAGGACGCCGAAAGACACGGAGGUGUGCAGUUCUGCCGCAUCGAUCCAUAUGUGGAACGCUGUAGGAGAGCACACCACAAUGAUAUGGAGAACAUUUUCCCCUUUUUAUUUCUCGGAGCCAUCUACUCCAUGACAGGCCCCUCGUAUGCAGUAGCACGACUUCAUUUUCUGGUCUUCUUCCUGGGUCGAGUUGUUCACAGCAUAGCAUACCUGUUGGCACUUAAAGCACCGACGCGUUCAUUUGCCUAUGUCAUCGCUCAGGUGCCUUGCGUUUCCAUGGCAAUACAGAUACUCAUGGACGUAGCCUCAUUCGCAUAACCCUGUCAAAUAUGGAAUCCUGUGAUUGGUUAAGACUUCUAGUUACAACUGUGAUGCGGAAUGCUACUUUGAUGGACUUACAGCAUCUCAACAUCUCACUUUUCACUUUAGAAUCAGACUUGAUUGAUGACUGACAAUUAAUAGCUCUGCUCUUAAAACACAACAUUCAUUGUCAUUUUAGUACUGGUUUUUAUGCCAUGUGUAUUGUUGCAUUACCAUUCAAAUGAACGUUGUUUAAUGUUAUUUUCUCCCCCCAUGAUCAGGUUUGCAUAUUCUCAUCAUAUUUAUAUUAUUUGAAACAACCAAGGACAAUAACGAUAAAGAUAUAGUUCUAAAAAUCGUUUUAAAUAUAAAAGAAUAACAGAGUCCACACCGCAACUAUAAUGAUAACGGCAUUGGGAAAUGGUAUUGUUGGAAUCAAUUUCAGAACAAAUUUUUCCAGCUGAUGAACUAUAAAAACAUUAUCAGUCAAUCAGAAUCCACUCUGCUUUAAAGAGCUCAAGCAUUUAAAGCUGCAGACGAAAACAUGCUUAGAAUGAACAGGACGAUCUCAUCCGUUGCUGUGGACGCUAAUAUAGUUAUUAUCAUAGUUAUGUUCUUGGUGUGAAUAGGCCCUUACUCACCUUGAAUGGACCUCCAGUCUAUAGCGCAGCCAUUAUUUACAAGACUUUCCGUGACAAACACCAUCUUUUCACUUUCAUACUGCAAAGUUUACGCAAGUAAUAACUGCUGAG